AUGUCGUGCGUCUCGACCUCCGAUUUCCUCGUUUGCAUCCGCCAGGCCGCACGCCGCUCAAGACAGGGAUGCAUUACUCAGUCUCUUUCCUUCAUCUAUUCCCAAGGCAGCUCUGGAGUUCGCUACGGACAUCGUCAAUAUGCAGGGGAUAAUCAGGCUGACUUCAAUUCAAGAGGCGAAGAGGACGAGACAGGCGAAGAGGACGAGACAGGCGAAGAGGACGAGAAAAAAGAGGAUUCAGGCAAUGACGCAACAUAUAUAGAGAAGUAUACGAUCGAUGGACGGCAACCUCCUUCCCUGCGCUCAAUAAAUGCGACGCUGACCAUCUGGAUAAGACAGUCCCAGCGUCGCGAGCAUGUUCAAGAGAGGGCUGACGGCGGCAUGGACCAUGCUGCCGAGAAGAUUGACCCCGUUCGCAAUCUGACAUGUUAA